CGAAUGUAACAAAUUUCUAUGGAACUUCCGUUCCAAUUUUUCAGGAAUGAAAACUAUUUUUCGACUUCUAUUCUAAGAAGCAAAUUCAAAUUUUUGCACCAUAAACUUGCUUUAUAAUAACAGGUUUCAAGUCUUCAAGAGUUCAUAAAUCUUAAACAUUUUCAAGCAUUUCAUUAUUAAGCACUCAAAGCAUUGAUGAUGGCUGAUAGGAGGCACCAAUAUCCAACACUAGCACAAAAGUUUGGCUCUCAACUUCAUCUAAGAUCCAACCUUUCAUCCUCAAAUGCAGUGUUUGUUCCAUCACCAUCAGAGAAAAACUUUGCAAGCUUUGCAACUGAUUUUCUGAUGGGUGGAGUUUCUGCAGCAGUGUCGAAAUCUGUAGCUGCUCCUAUCGAACGCGUGAAGCUUCUGAUUCAAAAUCAAGACGAGUUGCUUAAGGCUGGUAGGCUUUCCGAACCUUACAAAGGAAUUGGAGAUUGUUUUGGUAGAACAAUUAAAGACGAAGGAUUCGCUUCACUUUGGAGAGGUAACACUGUCAAUGUUAUCCGUUACUUCCCAACGCAGGCCUUCAACUUUGCAUUCAAAGACUACUUCAAGAAGCUAUUUAACUUCAAGCAAGAGAGAGAUGGAUAUUGGAAAGUGUUUGCAGGAAAUAUUGCAUCUGGUUCUGCAGCAGGAGCUUCAUCCUCCAUCUUUGUUUACUCAUUGGAUUACGCCCGAACGCGACUUUCAAGUGACGCGAAGACAGUGAAGAAAGGCGGAGAGAGGCAGUUCAAUGGCCUGAUUGAUGUCUAUAAGAAGACAUAUCAAUCAGACGGUAUUGUUGGCCUUUAUCGCGGUUUCAAUGUUUCGAUUGUUGGAAUCACUGUCUACCGCGGUUUGUAUUUCGGAAUGUAUGAUUCUCUUAAACCAGUUCUCUUAGUAGGAACAUUUCAGGAUAAUUUCCUUGCUAGCUUUGUGCUAGGAUGGAUAGUUACAGUUGGAGCUAGCGUAGCAUCUUACCCCUUCGACACGGUUCGUAGAAGAAUGAUGAUGACAUCAGGUGAAGCUGUAAAGUACAAGAGUUCAAUGGAUGCUUUCACACAAAUUGUGAAAACUGAAGGUCCAAAGUCUCUCUUCAAAGGUGCUGGUGCAAACAUACUUAGAGCAGUUGCUGGUGCUGGUGUGCUUGCAGGUUAUGAUAAACUUCAGGUGAUUAUGUUGGGAAAGAAAUAUGGUUCUGGUGGAGCUUAGUUUUCAAUAAGAGAACCUAUAAAGUAUAAGACAAUGAUGAAAAAACAACAAAUAAACCAGUUUAGGAUGUUAAAUUUAUUAUUAUUUAUUUCUUUGGAGAGAAAUGUUGGAUGCAAACUCUUUCAUCAAUUUACUCUAUGGUUUGCCGAAACUUUCUUAGAUUUUAUGUAUCAACAGUUUGAGAGUGUGUGCUACCAAAUAAAGAAUGAAACUCGCAUGAUUGAAUGAUUGUAUGGAA